AUGGAUCGAAAACUCUUCAGCGAAGAGGCUAUCCACGUAACUUUAAUUUUUAUUCAAUUAUCCGAAGUCUUCUACAUCCUCACAACAACCUUCCUCAAGGUCUCCCUCGGUCUCUUCUUCCUGAGAGUCCUCACCAAGAAAUGGCAAAAGCUCGUAUUCCACGUCAUACUCGCGAUCAGUGCGACAUACGGAUUCUACUACGUCUUCAUCGCGCUGUUCCAAUGUGGCGACCCAACACGCCUUGCCGAUAGUCUGUUAUUACCGUCUUCACCCAACUGUCUUCCAUCCGCUCUACUUCUUACCUCGGGCUACCUCUACGGCGUUAUCAACGUCAUUGCUGAUUGGACGUUUGUACUGAUACCAAUCACUGUCCUACUGGACAGCGACCUCGACCGAAGGAGUAAGAUUAGCGUCAGUAUCGUCAUGGCGCUAGGUGCAGUGGGAAGUGUGAGCUCGAUCUUCAGAAUGGUUUACCUGAAAGGACUGGGUCUACACGCGGGCGGUCUAAGUACCGAAGCAGUAAAAGCAACAAUAUGGGCAACGGCUGAACCAGGUACUGGCAUAGUCGCAGCUUCAAUCGCCAUCCUUCGCCCGCUCUUCCGUCAGAUCGCUUCAGACGUUCGAUCAAAAGCGUCUCAUUACUCGCACUCACGGAAAGGGUCACAACAAUCCGAUGACUCUAUUGCGCUGACGAGUCAAGACUCUGUUGCCCAGGCCAUGAAGAACAAGAAACAUAGCCUUUAUCGAGCGGGUACCAUCGAUCUCCCCGCAUUCGCACGGCGGCGACCCAUGUCUCUGAGUAGAAAGGGACAGGGCGCGGACAACAACGAGGUCACACCAGAUGUAGGUGCCAGUGGAGAUCCUCAGGUCUUUUAUUUUGGCGUCUUUGAUGGACAUGGUGGCGCCGAGUGUUCUGGCUUCUUGAGGGAGCAGCUGCACGACUACCUGGAAAAGGCGACCAAGCAAUUCGAGCUCAAGAGCAGUCUCGCGCGGGAAAGAACAGAGAUGCAGUCUGGUUCUCCAAAAGCCAAGGGUGAGGCAGCUUCUGGCGACCGAAGGCAGAGGGACAAGGAGAGUCUAGACGCUAUCGAGACACAUACGCCACCUGGCACAAAGGCCAUGAAGCCGCCACAACCUGGAAGUAAAGACCAGCUGCCGACCGCCGGCUCCAAGUCUAUGAAUGGGCCAAUCGAGGGCGUUCCACCAGUGCGGCAGUCGGACAGCGUGCGGAAAGCCGAGGAGCUGGAGCAGCAGUUGGUCAAACAAUGGAAGGAACUUGUGGGCGGAUACUUCAGACGCUUCAAGCCCGAGUACUUUUCCACGUCCGCAGGCGGACGCGGCCAUGCAGCUGAAAAAGAAGUCAUUGAAAAGCGUCACACGAGCACUCCAGCAAUAGCCGACGACGUCAAAGAAGGCAUUGGGAUCGAGACUGUGCUAGAAUAUGCUUUCCUCAAAGCCGACUAUGAUUUUGUAGCAGCCCAGGUUGGCAAGAAGGAAGAAGAUCCUGUUCGUGCGGAUAAGGCUCUCAACGACGAUGAUAUCCUAGGCCAACCCUCACGCACAACUACCAAAAACAUUGGUGGCACGAACCGCUUCAAAGGAGGCAGCACAUGUAGUGUAGCUCUCAUUUCUACACCCACACCAUCACCCUUCUGGCACCCUUCCUCCCCAUCAUCCCUCAUUACCGCCCAUGUUGGAGAUACCAGAAUCCUACUCUGCAACACUGCGACAGGUCAGGCUGUCCCCCUAACAUCCAACCACCACCCUUCGCUCCCCGAAGAAGCCACCCGUCUCCGCCGUUUCGCUGCCUCAUUCGUAACCGACUCCUUCGGCGAAGAACGCAUGUCCGGCCUCGCAAACACGCGUUCCUUUGGCGACAUGGCACACAAACGCGUCGGCGUAUCCGCCGAGCCUGAGAUCCGUAGGAUAGAACUCUCGCCCGCGGAAUACUCGUUCCUUGUCUUGUGUUCAGAUGGCGUGUCUGGCCAUCUUUCUGACCAGGAGAUUGUGGAUAUUGUCAAGGAGGCCAAGACGCCGGAACAAGCUGCGAGGGAUGUGGUUAGUUUUGCUACUGAGACUUCGACUGGCAGCGAAGGCGCAGACAACGCGACCGGUCUUGUUGUUCGAUUAGGGGGAUGGGAAAGGAGGGGCGAGGGUGGAUUGGGCAGCUUAGGCACGAAGGAGAUGAGGGAUUGGAGGAAGCAGGAGGCGGAGAACCCAAGGGCUUCGGGUAGGAUGUAG